CAAGUCCCACACUACUCGCGAACGUCGUUUCACGUUCAAGCUGCCCCCCAAAACGACCUCCAACUCCUCGCCCCUCGAAAGCAACGGUCUCUCGAAAAGCAGUCAAAGAGUCGAAACUCGCGGGAACACAACGUAUAAAGCAGUACGACGUGGUGACUCCAAAGAAACCGGACAUCUUCAACGGCCACGCCCUCCCUCUCUCUCUCUCUCUCUCUCUCUCUCUCUCUCUCUCUCUCUCUCUCUCUCAUUCAUUUCCAUUGUCGAAGCUCGAACAACGAACCAAAAACCUGAAACACCAGCUUCUCUUUGAGCUCGAGUCAUUACGGACAAAAGAAAAGUCGGUUUUUUUUUUGCUCGGAGAUCAUCGUUGGUUUUGUGGGUCCUUUCUUGCGGGGACGUUUCAUCAGAUACAUCGCCUGCUUUUUUUGUUGGGUGCUUUUUGUUUCUUCAGUUUCCAGGAACAACUUGCUUGAAUCUGUAAACUUUCGGAGAUUUCGGAUCAAAUUGAGCCGAGUCUUGUGGCGUGCCCAGCUUGGAGAUUUGACUCUUCGAAGCCGGAAUGGAACAAUUUCGGCAUGUCGGAGAGGUACUAGGGAGUAUGAAGGUUCUCAUGGUGUUGCAAGAGGAUAUCCAAAUCAAUAGGAGACAGUGUUGCUUACUCCUAGAUAUUUUCACUAUGGCUUUUGAAGAGAUCGCGUCGGAGAUUAAGCAGAACCUCAAGCUCGAAGAGAAAAACACCAAGUGGAAGGCUCUCGAGCAGCCUCUGAGAGAGCUCCACCGGGUUUUUAAAGAAGGCGAGCUUUACAUCAAGCACUGUUUGGAUGUCAAAGACUUUUGGGGCAAAGCAAUCACCCUUCACAACAGCAAGGAUUGUGUCGAAUUCCACAUCCACAACUUGCUGUGUAGUUUCCCAGCAGUCAUCGAGGCAAUCGAGAAUGCUGGCGAGAUUUCGGGGCUUGACCCUGAUGAGAUGCAAAAGAAAGGAAUUUUGCUGAGGAGGAAGUAUGAUAAGGAAUGGAAUGACCCGAAACUCUUCCAACUGAGAUACGGUAAGCAGUAUCUGGUCCCUAAAGAGCUGUGCAAGAGAUUGGACAUGGUUUGGAGAGAGGACAGAUGGCUUCUCUGUGAGCUUCUGAAGGAGAAAAAGAGCCUGGAAGAAUCUGCUGUUCUGACAAAGAACGAGCAGCGGCUUGCCGAUCUUUUGCUCAAGAAAAUAAGUGCCUCAGAGACGUACAAUUGGACGCUCUUUCCUAGUUCGAUCCUUACUGGGGCAAAGGACUAUGCUGUGAGGCGGAGAUUGGGAUGCGGGAAAGAGCUCAAGGAGAUUCAGUGGUUAGGGGAGAGCUUUGUUCUGCACCACCUUUUCGGAGAGGACGGGUCAUCGAAAGGCGAGAUCUCUACUCUUCUUUCGCUUUCCCACCCUAACGUGCUUCAGUACUUAUGCGCCUUUUGUGAUGAGGAAAAGAAAGAAUGCUUUCUAGUUGCAGAGUUAAUGAACAAGACUCUCGCUUGUCACGUGAAAGAAAAUUCAAGUCUGAGGCGACGGAUAUUGUUCUCUCUUCCGGUUGUAGUCGACAUUAUGAUUCAGAUUGCAAGAGGGAUGGAGUAUCUCCACUCUCAGAAGAUUUAUCACGGUGAUCUGAACCCAACAAACGUCCUGCUCAAAUCGAGGACUCCAUCGGAAGGUUAUUUUCAUGUUAAAGUGGCAGGGUAUAGUUCAUUGUGUGCGCUCAACCAUAAUUCCCACCAUUUGCCAAACCAGGACUCAACCAACCCUUUCAUUUGGUAUGCCCCAGAAGUCCUUGCCGAGCAGGAAAAGUCAGAGAGUAAUUCUAAUUCGAAGUACUCAGAGAAAUCAGAUGUGUACAGCUUCGGGAUGAUUUGCUUUCAGCUUUUGACCGGGAAAAUACCCUUCGAGGAAGGCCAUCUUCAAGGAGAUAAGAUGAGUCGAAACAUAAGAGCUGGCGAGAGGCCUCUGUUCUCAUUACCUUCACCGAAGUACUUGGUGAAUCUAACAAGAAGAUGCUGGCAAACAGAGCCUUUGCUGCGUCCAAGCUUUUCAUCGAUAUGUAGAAUUCUGCGUUACAUCAAGAAGUUCUUGGUGAUGAACCCAGAUAAUGGUCACCCUGAUCUGCAAUCUCCUCCUGUAGACUGCUGUGACGUAGAGGCUGGAUUUCAAAAGAAGUUAUCCGCGUAUGUCAAUUCAAUGGCAGUAACACAGAUUCCAUUUCACAUGUUUGCUUAUAAACUUGCCGAACUAGACAAGACUCGCCUGAGUACUAAGAUCAGGAUCUGUGAGACAGCGAGCGAAGCAGAAACAACCAGCAAGGACGAGAACUUCUUCGCUGAGGAUGAUUCUUUUCUACUACCUGUAGGAUAUGCAAGAUCGGUUUUUUCUGAUAUUCCAGACAAGAAAAAUCGACUGAGUAACAAAGGCACAGCUUUGAAGGUUAGAAGAGUUCCAGUAGAAGAUCAGAUCCAGCCAAGGAGCGAUGUGAGGUCUAUUUGUUCGGAGAUACCAGAGAAGAGAACUUUGUCAUUUAAGAAAUGCGCUGAUAUUAAGACGCGGAAAAGUUCAGUAGAAGAUCAGGUCCAGCCACGGAGCGAUGUGAGGUCUAUUUCUUCGGAGACACCAGAGAAGAGAACUUUGUCAUUUAAGAAAUGCACUGAUAUUAAGACACGGAAAAGUUCAGUAGAAGAUCAGGUCCAGCCAGGGAGCAAUGUGAGGUCUAUUUGUUCGGAGAUACCAGAGAAGAGAACUUUGUCAUCUGAGAAAUGUGCUGAUAUUAAGACGCGGAAAAGUUCAGAUCAGGUCCAGCCAGGGAACGAUGUGAGGUCUAUUUGUUCGGAGAUACCAGAGAAGAGAACUUUGUCAUUUAAGAAAUGCGCUGACAUUAAGACGCGGAAAAGUUCAGGAACACCGAAAGCACAGGACGGGGCGUCGUUAUUGAAUCCCCAACGUCGUAGUGUGAAGAUAAACAAAAGGAAUGACUUCGUUGUACCCAUAACUUCCUCUAAGAUUGCGAGUCAAGGAAGAACACGCGGACACGUAUCAGAUUCCGAAAUACAAUAGCCGAUGUCUCCUCCUUCACACUCCUGCACUGUAUGGUCAUUCUUAGAAAAUUUUGGCCCGAGGAAAUUUUGGUUCUAAAGCAGCUCAGUUCACAUGGCAGUCUCUGGUUCUCAUUGGGUCAUGUCAAGCCGAUUUGGUGAGGGCAGAUUGAAUCCAGCGUUCGAUUCCACAGACCGGCUCACAUUGUUUACAAUCGAUCUCUUUCUGUGUUUGUGAAUCAGUUUUUGUUCCAAGUACCGCGACAGUCUAUUUAAGAACAUACUUCUUUUACAUUGACAAUAUAGAGAUUGUGUAUAGAUGUUUCUAAA